GGCGGAUAGAGAACGGCACUGAGCAGAGUCGCGCGCACUCGAGCAAUAAGGAGGUUUUUUUUCGCGCGUCAGGGCACGCGCAUCACCGGGCAGUGCGUUGCUCGAGACGGCGGAGGAGAGGAGACGAGACGAGAAGAGCAAGAGAACACGGAGCCAAAGUUCUGCCGCGUCCAUCGAAAGAAAAAAGAUGCUUCCUUUAAAAAUCCGCGGAGCUGCGUUUAUCUUGUAGAACAGUUUGGAGCGAAGGUGGAUACAAAGUGUGCCGAUGGAUAUUCACUAAAAAAAAACAACACUAUUCCAGUAUACCCUAGUGAGGUGGAGCGCUUGAUUGUGCAGCCGAAUGAACGCACCAGGCAUGAUCUGGACUGUCUUUUUCCUCCUUUUGGUGUCCUCUGCUUUCGGAAAAGACACCGAGCGGGUGCCUUUCUUCCAGGGGCAUGUGUUUGAGAACUCUGCCCCGGGAUCCCGGGUCAACGGGCUGAGCGUCCCGCUGCACCGGUUCGGCUCCCAGGGAUGGUGCGGCUCUGGCUCUAGCUCUGGCUCUGGAGCGCUUGCUGCCGUGGAGGCGCCGCGCUUCAAACUCCUCGGCGACGGCAGCGAGAGAUUCCGCGUCGUGGCCCACCACAAACGAGGUCAUCUCUUGCUGAAGACGUGGGUCGCGUUGGACCGGGAGGAACGCGCCGAGUACUCGCUGGUUCUGGGGCUCCUCGGCUGCGGGGGGCACGGCGCGGGGCUGCAGGAGGGGGACUCCUCGGUGCGGUUUGCCCGGGUGGCUGCGCUCCAAGUGGAAGUUUUGGACACCAACGACCACGAGCCAACGUUCGUCGGCGCGGACGUGCGGCUGAGUGUGGACGACGCCACGGCUCUGCGCACCGUGGUGCACACCGUGACCGCGUGGGACCGCGACAGCGGCUCCAACGCGGACAUCAAGUACUUCGCGGUUCCGAAAAACGGGAGUUUUUACGUGGUGCCCAAAACCGGAGACGUCCUUCUGGUUGACUCGAUCCUGGGGCUGACGAGUCCGGUGAAGUUCAAAGUGUUUGCCCGUGACCACGGAUGGCCUCCCCGCACGAGUCGAGGCAUAACCAUAGAGAUGACCCCCCGGCGAUGGCCCGCGUGUCCCCCCUCUCACUGUCCCCCGACUACAACACACUCACCCGGCCAGGGGGCCCCUCGGAGAGCGUCCCGGUCAGUGUUGGAAUCGGACGAUCCGGUGUUGAUUAACGUGUCAGAGGACGCGGGGAUCGGGUCGGUGGUGAUGAACCUUAACCCGGUGCGGUUCCAGUCCCCCACCUUUGAGCUGGUGGACUCGGACACCGAGAGCUCACUGGUAAGUGUGAGCCGGGAUACCGGAGAUAUCGUGAUAUCGCGGAAGCUGGACCGGGAGACCAACCCUCUUGUGGAGAUCACGGUGAAAGUUCAGGAUAAAAGAGGUCCUGACUGGUACCUGGUGCGGGUGGAGAUGACGGUGUCGGACGUGAACGACAACGUGCCAGAGUGGAGCAUGGUGCCCGUGCCGUACCUGGCGGUGGUGUCCCCGGACGCGGUCCCAGGCUCCCUGGUCUACCAGCUCCUGGCUCGAGACGAUGACGGCGGGGACAACGGAGAGGUGGAGUUCUUCCUCUCAGACGGCGGCGACGGGCGCCUGGAGGUGGACCGUAAGAGCGGCCAGGUGCGGACCACUGGGCUGCCCCUGCAGCGCGACCGGGAGUACCUGCUGACGGUGGUGGCUGCGGACCGCCUGGGCAGCCGCAGUGCCCCGGCCACCGUCUCGGUGGUGGCGGGACCCCGGCCCCCGCAGUUCUCCAACGCCUCCUUCACCAUCGCCAUACCCGAGAACACCCCCGAGGGCCAGCCGUUCCUUACCACGCCGGCCCUUUCCUUCCAGAAGGAGCCCAUCAGCUACAGCCUGCUGAUCAACCCCAGCAGCCUGUUCUCCAUCUCGGCGGAGAGCGGGGAGAUCAGCCUGACGCGCUCCAUCGACUACGAGGGCGACCAGCACCGCUACUUGCUGCUGGUCAGGGCCAACGAGGGCGUGGACAGCCUGAGCAGCGCCGCCGAGGUGCGCGUGGUUAUUGUGGAUGAGAACGACUGCGUGCCCGAGUUCCUGCAGUCCAUCUACAGCAAGGACAGCGUGCCGGAGACCGUAACCACGGCAACCUCCCUCCUGCAAGUGUCUGCCAGCGACUGCGACUCAGAGGAGAACGCCGAGCUGACCUACUACACGCUGAGCCCGGACUUCACCAUCUCCCCGCACGGCACCAUCUUCCCUGCUGGCCCGCUGGACUUCGAGAGACCCAACCAUCUGUACGAGUUUGUGGUGAUGGCGGUGGACCGCGGCCAGGCUCCCCGGACCGGCACGGCCACCGUGCGCAUACGCAUGGCCAACAUCAACGACGAGGUGCCCGAGUUCUCCCAGCAUGUCUACAGGACAUUUGUCUCGGAGGAUGCAGGGCCCAACACACUGGUUGCCACGGUACUGGCAAAGGACCCGGAUGGCGACGGGAUUACCUACAAAAUCACAACAGGGAACGAAGAGGGGAACUUUGUCAUCGACAGCCAGAAAGGACUGAUCCGUCUGCGUUCAAGCCCGCCCCCACGACUCCAGGGGGUGGAGUACAUCCUGAACGUCACGGCGACGGAUGACAACGCAUCAGGUGGUCCGCAGUCUCUGUCCUCCACAGCCCAGGUCAUCGUGGGGGUGGAUGACGUCAACAACAACAAACCAGUCUUCGAAAAGUGCCAGCAGUACCGGGACCGGACCUCGGUGCUGGAGAACCAGCCGGCCGGGACCUUCGUGCUGCAGGUGCAGGCGGUGGACGCGGACGAGGGCUCCAACGGCCGGGUGUCCUACGGCUUCAUGCACAAGGACUCCACCGUGCCCGCCUUCAGCAUCCACCCUGAGACAGGAGUGAUCGUGACGGCGAGGAAGUUUGACCGGGAGCGCCAGCGGGAGUACGCGGUGACGGUCACCGCCACCGACCAGGCCACUGACCCUCUCAUCGGCAUCUGCCAGCUCAACAUCCUCAUCCUGGACCACAACGACAACAGCCCCAAGUUUGAGAACCUCCGAUAUGAGUAUUUCCUUCGUGAGGACACCAUGAUUGGUACCAGCUUCUUAAGGGUGGCGGCUCACGAUGAUGACUUUGGCUCCAACGCCGCAGUCACCUACUCCAUGUCCAAUGAGCAGCCAGAAUACCUCCGGGUCAACCCUCUGACUGGCUGGGUGUUCGUCAACCAGCCCAUCUCUCAGAGGACCUACAUCACCAGGGAGAUCGUUGCGACAGAUGGGGGAAACAGGAACAGCUCCGUGGAGCUGGCGGUCACCAUCACCAACGUGAAGAACCAGCCCCCACAGUGGGAGAGGGAGAGCUACGACGUUGUCAUAGCGGAGAACACCGUCCGGGACACGCCCAUAGUGACCAUCAAGGCCACCUCGCCGCUGGGGGACCCCCGUGUGACCUACAACCUGGAGGAAGGCCUGGUGCCGGAGACCAACAUGCCCGUGCGCUUCUACCUGACGCCCAACCGGGAGGACGGCUCCGCCUCCAUCCUGGUGGCCGAGCCGCUGGACUACGAGACAACCAGGAACUUCAUGCUGCGCGUGCGGGCCCAGAACGUGGCGGCGGUGCCCCUGGCCGCGUUCACCAUCGUCCACAUCAACGUCACAGAUGUGAAUGACAACGUCCCCUUCUUCACCUCGUCCAUCUACGAGGCCUCGGUCACGGAAGGGGCAGAGUCUGGGACACUAGUCUUUCAAGUUUCUGCUAACGACCUGGACCUCGGCAUGAACGGCAAGAUCACCUACUCCCUGCUGGCAGACAGGAGUGGAGACCACGAGUUCUUCCGCAUCGACCCGGAGCUGGGCUCCAUCUACAGCCAGGCGGUGUUUGACAGGGAGACCAAGGGCUCCUACCUGCUGGAGGUCCAGUCGGUGGACGGCUGGGAGUCAGCCCGGCCCGGCAAGCAUGGACAGCCCAACUCAGACACUGCGUACGUGCGCGUGUUUAUCAGCGACGUCAACGACAACCGGCCGGCGUUCGCCCAGGCGGACUAUGAGGUGGCGGUGGAGGAGGACGCCGACGUGGGACUCGCCAUCCUCACCGUCAGCGCCAACGACGGAGACGAGGGGGCAAACGCCAAGCUCCGCUACCAGAUCACCUCGGGGAACACCGGAGGUGUAUUUGACGUGGAACCAGAGGUGGGAACCAUCUUCAUCACCCAGACCCUGGACUACGAGCAGACCAAAAGGUACCAGCUGCACGUGGUGGCGUCGGACGGCAAGUGGGAGGACUCCACCACGGUGGAGGUGAGCGUGGUCAACAAGAACGACGAGGCGCCCGUGUUCACCGUCAACGAGUACUACGGCAGCGUCACCGAGGAGCUGGACGGCUCGCCCGUCUUCGUGCUGCAGGUAACGGCGUCCGACCCGGAUAAAGACGCCAACCAGGAAGCGCUGCGCUACUCUCUGCACGGCCAGGGCGCAGACAGCGAGUUCAUCAUCGACAAGGGCACGGGAAAGAUCUACGCCCAGCGCACGCUGGACCGCGAGGAGCGCACCGUGUGGCGCUUCGUGGUCAUGGCGACGGACGAGGGCGGCGAGGGGCUGACGGGCUUCACCGACGUCAUCAUCAACGUGUGGGACAUCAACGACAACGCGCCCGUCUUCACGUGCACGCCCAGCUGCCACGGCGACGUGGCCGAGAACUCGCCGGCGGGCACCUUGGUGAUGGAGAUGACGGCCACGGACCAGGACGACUCGGCCGUGGGCCACAACGCCGUGCUGUCGUACCGCAUCGUCGGCUGCGUGGACGCCACCGACGGCGCCUUCGGCGAGGACGCGGGCGGAGGCGGAGUCUCGGCCCACAUGGACAUGUUCUCCAUCAACGGCACCACGGGGACCAUCACCGUGGCGAUGGCGGGGCUGGACCGGGAGCAGAUGGACUCGUACCUGCUGGUGGUGGAGGCGCGGGACGGAGGGGGCAUGACGAGCACCGGGACGGCCACCAUCAGGGUCCGGGACAUCAACGACCACGCGCCCAUCUUCACAGAGCACGCCUGUCUGGCCAGGGUCUCGGAGAAGGCGGACAUCAACGCAGAGGUCCUGGACCUCUCUGCGGUGGACCGCGACGCGGGGGAGAACGCCCAGCUGACCUUCAGCGUGGUGGCCGGCGACCCCGAGCAGAAGUUCUACAUGGUCAGCCAUCGGCAGGAGCAGCGAGGGAGCCUGCGCAUGAAGAAGCGGCUGGACUACGAGCGACCCAACGAGCAGAGAUUCAACCUCACCUUGAAGGUGGAAGACCUGGACUUCUCCAGUCUCCUGCACUGCGUGGUGGAGGUGGAGGACUAUAACGACCACCCCCCCGUCUUCAUCCCACACUUCAUCUCCCUGGGCCCGCUGUCCGAGGAUAUCGCCAUGGGAACCAGCGUUGCCCGGCUGGCGGCUAGCGAUUCGGACUCGGGCCAGAACAGGGACCUGACCUACAGCCUCUUGGACGAGUCCGACCCGGACGGCAUGUUCGCCAUCGACCAAGCGGGCGUGGUCACCGUGGCCCGGCCGCUGGACCGCGAGGCCUCAACUCAGCAUCACUUGAUCGUCAUAGCGACGGACCACGGAAUCCCUCCUCUGACGGGUAGCGCCACGGUGCAGCUGUCGCUGUUGGACGUGAACGACAACGGGCCAGAGUUUGAGGCCGUGUACACUCCCGUCAUUUAUGAGAAUGUCUUCGGCCCUCAGCUGGUGAAGAUGAACCAAACCUCCACCCUCAUUCACGUGGUGGACCGCGACUCCUCCCAGAACGGGCCGCCCUUCCACUUCUCCGUCCCGCCCGACUAUCGCCAUAGCAACGACUUCUACCUGCAGGACAACCUUAACGGCACGGCCUCGCUCACGGCCCUGAGGACGUUCGACCGCGAGCGCCAGAAGGAGUUCCUCAUCCCCGUCGUCAUGAGCGACAGCGGCGUGCCGGCCAAGACGGUCACCAGCAUGCUGACGGUAACCAUCGGCGACCAGAACGACCACGCCCACCUGCCCGGAGAGAAGAAGAUCAUGAUCAACAGUCACAGAGGUCGCUUGCCUACCACUGUGCUGGGCAAAGUCUACUCUCCUGAUCCCGAUGACUGGGACAACAAGACCUAUGUUGUUGAAGGACACAUGCCAAGCUACUUCAUGCUGAACAAGCGCACAGGCUUCUUGAUCAUCAAGGACAAUGCCCCGCCAGGCAGCUACGAGUUUGAGGUCCGCGUCACCGACGGCAUCUGGCCCGACGCUGUCUCCAAGGUUACCGUCCAUGUGAGGGAGCUCCGGGACGAGGCCAUCCACAACUCGGGGUCCCUGCGCCUCACAGACAUCACAGCGAGAGAGUUCCUGGAGCCCCGGGAAAGGCUGCGGAGCCGCUACGACCUGCUGGUAGACUUCCUGUCCGAGAUGCUCUCCGUCACCCCUGAUGACGUCAACGUCUUCAGCCUCAUGGACGUCCGGGAGAAAACGCUGGAUGUGCGCUUCGCCGUGCACACCGCACAGUCCUACCUACAGCCGGAGAAGCUGCACGGAUACCUGGUCGCCCACAAACAGAAGCUCCAGUCCUUCCUGCAGGUCAACGUGUCCCAGGUGCGGGUGGACGAGUGCCCCGGCUCGGACUGCGACGGCGCCAGCGGCUGCACCACCACCCUGAGCGUGCGUGACGCCCUGACCGUGGUGGACUGCGGGCCCGUGGGCCUGGUGUCGGUGACGGUGGAGCCCAUGGCCGUGUGCACGUGCCCGGGCCGAGACCACUCGCACCAGCCCUGCGGAACCUACCCGAGGAGCCCCUGCUUCAACGGCGGCACCUGUGUGGACACGCAGAACGGCUACAGGUGCCAAUGCCUGGCGCAGUUCGAGGGGCCCGAGUGUCAGCAGAACAAACGCAGUUUCCACGGUAACGGCUAUGCGUGGUUCCCGCCGCUGGCGCCGUGCUUUGAGAGCCACGUGUCGCUGGAGUUCAUCACGGAGCAGGUAGACGGCCUACUGCUGUACAGCGGACCCUUGGCCCAGCUGCUGCCAUGGGACCAGGAGGACAUCAUGGCUAUAGAGUUAAUAGAUGGCACCCCAACCCUGAAGAUCAACCAUGGCUCUGGCACGUUGGUGCUCCAGUUGCCAGGCAACGUGAAUGUGGCAGACCGGAGGUGGCACCGUUUGGAUGUCCACAGCAACAGCAAGGAGGUGCGGUUCACACUGGAUCGCUGUGCAGGAGCCACAGUGAUGGAGAUGGAGGGGCUUGGCAGUUGGCUGACCACUGAUGACCACUCUUCCUGUGAAGUGACGGGUGUCACUCCAAACACAGACCGACACCUGAACAUGAGCCAAGUGCUCCAGUUAGGGGGUGUGAACGAGGAGGUCCCAUACAUGUACCCCCAGCUCCAGCACAAACACUUCAGCGGCUGCAUCCGGAACCUCGUCGUGGACAGCAAGCUAUAUGAUCUGGGCUCCCCGGCUGACGCCCAGUCCAGCUCCCCGGGAUGCCUGACCACGGACGCCAGCUGUGUCAACAUGGGCUACCCGUCCUGCGGACACCGCGGCCGUUGCCAUGGUGAAUGGGGCUCCGUCAGCUGCCAGUGCAUGGCAGGCUUCACCGGCCAGCAGUGUGAAGAAGAUGUUCCAGAGUACUCUUUUGACGGGCGCGGUCACGUGCACUACCACCUGGUGACCCCGAUGGCCGCCCGGAGGACGUGGAUUCAGGUUCUGAUCCGAACCCGCAAGCACAGCAGCACCAUCGUCUCCCUCAUCUCUAAGGAUCAGAGCGAAUACCUGCGCCUGGAGAUCUUCCAGGGCCUGCUCUGCGUCGUGUACAACCUGGGAGACGGACACUACAACCUGACCCUGCCCGCGCAUCGCCUUGACAACGGGGAGUGGCACGAGGUGUUGCUGGAUCGCUACGACAACGAGAUGACACUGCGGCUGGACGGCGGCGGGGGUCGGCGGGAGGUCACGGGGUCGCGGGGUCGCAGCCGGGAGAUUGUGGUGGACACCACGGCGGUGACGGUCGGGAACUCCCUGCCUUCCAGCGGCAACAAGAGCUUUCAAGGUUGCAUGAGGGACCUACGCAUCAACGGUCGCUACAUCCCCAUGGAUGGCCAUCCGCGAGACGGUGUUUCCCAGGUCAGCAUGCAGGGUCUCUCCUUGGGCUGCUCUUCGGACUCCUGCAAGAGGAACCAGUGUGCCCCUCCCUUCACAUGUGUGGACCUGUGGAGAGUGCACGAGUGCCGGUGCCCUGCCGGUCACAUGAUCCGGGUCAACGGCACCAGGAAGUCGUGCGUGUACACGCUGUGCGCCACCCACCCCUGCCACCGGGGCACCUGCGUGGCCCACUCGCCGUCCAAGUACACCUGCCACUGCCCCGACGGCUUCCGGGGCCACCGCUGCGAGACCACCCUGCCCGUGUACCGCGAGGACGUGGGCCUCAGCUUCAGCUCCCUCUUCGCCAUCUGCAUCUGCUUCAUGGCGCUGCUGGUGCUGCUGCUGGGUAUCUUCCUGUACACGCGCUGGCGGAGCUACAAGGGUCUGAAGGAAGGCGUGUACCACGUCUCGGCCCACCACGACGGCUGGGAGGACAUCCGCGAGAACGUCCUCAACUACGAUGAGGAGGGAGGGGGGGAGGAGGACCAGAAUGCCUACGACAUGGCGGAGCUGCAGAAAUCCCUCCAGCCCAGCCCGGCCCAGUCGGUCCAGUACUGCCGCAUGCGGGCCCUGCACCACCCGGUCCUCCCGCUCUCCCAAACCCAGCACCACCACCAGUACCACCACCAGUACCACCACCUCCUGCACCACCACCACCAGGCCCAGCCCGCCCCGUCCCAAGCCCAGUCGCAGGACCCCCUGAGCCGGACCAACAGCUCCAGCACGCUGCCCCCCUCCGUGGCCUCCUCCUCCUCCUGCUCCAACAAACAGGGCUCCGCCUCCUGCUCCGCCGUCACCACGUCCACGGUGUCGGCCCCGCCCGUCCGCCGGGACGUGGCCCCCACGAGACUCCCGGCGCAGGGCCAGGCGCGGCCCCUGGCGCUGGCCCGCCGCUCCCUGUCCUUCUCCAGCCAGGACCUGGCCCGCUACCUGUGCGAGAUCAUCCGCGACGCGGACCAGCACCCGGACGCGGGGCCCUUCGACUCCCUCCAGGUGUUCUCCACCGAGGGGGGCGGCUCCCCCGCCGGCUCCCUCAGCUCCUUCGGCUCGGCGGGGCUCGAGGGGGGCGCGGGAGGAGGCGCGGACGGGGCGGCGGCCGGAGGAGCCGGAGGAGGAGGAGGAGGAGAGGCCAAGAGAGAGGAGACGCUCGGGGACUGGGGGCCCUGCUUCGAGAAGCUGCGGGCCCUGUAUGAGCAGCCCGAGACCAGCGACCUCUGAAGCGCGCUCUC